AUGCUUGUCACUGGCAUCAUUCUCGCGCCCGCUGUGAUGGCUACACCGGCGGUUCAGGAUUUCAUCGAUCUAAGGACGGUCAUCAACGCAGCAGCAAAUACCAUUGGCGACCUCCAGAACCCCAACAGAGGUUGGGGCCUCUUUGGCAGCAGCAGCAGCCAGAUGGGUACUGCAGACCUCAUCAAUAACGUCACAAGCACAAUCCUGCGGUCGAAGUUCCAGAUCGACACGAACAAAACGGCCUGGCUCAACCCCAUCAACAUCACGCCCAACCCAACUCUCAACACCACUGCACCAUCACCAUGGACACCGACUCUUCCGAUGAGCUCCAGCAUGGCCCUUCCGUCCACGCUUCCGACGAGUACACCCAGCCUCGAGAACACCGUUACGGAUCUCUCGACCCCGUACAUUGACUACGUUUCAUCGAUACCCAACUUGAGUACGAGCCUUACCUCGCUUGGACGCGCCUGGCACCGCGAGAUGAACUCGCCAGUCAAUCAGGCUAUUGGGGUACUGCAGGAGAGCAUCACCACACUACAAACCACCAUGCUCCAAAACGAACUCAUCAGCAGCUCCGCCGUGUUGCGGACCGUUCGCGCGAGUAGCUCACUGGAGAGCGCCCAGCAAGCGUGGAAUCGUUUCCUCAACUUACCCGGAAGUACAGGUAGCAGUGACUCUGGUAACGAUACACCGACUUCAUCCAGGAAAAGGUCAAUCCAACGCUUGCCACCAGCGAACGGUAGACAAUACACGCACAAGGAACUUUGGGGCCGUAAGGAGCAGUCUAAGACUGGCGAACCAAGUCAGAACGAUGCCGUUAUCGAGUGGGGAAAGCAGGCCGAGGACCUUCGUCGUGGUACAGCUCAGCCGUUCAAAGCAUAG